CAGGACACCAAUAUGCUAAACACCCACCAACAGUUGGUCAGGACCACAUCGGGGAGAGCAGGGCAGGACCCCCGGCUCCAGGCUCCAGGGAUGGACACAGCGCUGCUCAAGCUUCUGUCAGGCAUCCCCCAGGCUAAGCAGGGGAGUCUUGGGAGAGGUAAUGGUGUCAUUCGGGGCCAGCGACAGAGAUCUCAGAGUGCAGGGCAGACGACAGAGAAGAACCGGAGGCCCAGGGGCAGGAACAAGAAAGGCGGCGGCUGUGCGGAGGCUGAAGACCUCUUUCUCUCUCCUCCUCGGAAACCCUCCUUCCCUUUCCAGUGGGCCUGGGAGAGCUUCACCACCGAUGGCCAGAUCCCGGUUCAGCUGGGCUCCCCCUCUGCCCCCGGCCACCACGCCCUGCCCUUGACCCCCGCGGUCCCCCAGCACAAGUCCAGCCGUAAGUCUCCUGCCAGCUGUCUAGAGGACCCCGACUUAUCCUGGAAGAUGAAGGUGCGAAACCUGGAAAGGAGACAGCAGCUCAGGGCCUGGGGCUGCGUCUCCACCUCUUCUGGCCAAGGGGAGGGCCAAGAGCUGGAGCUGCCGGGUGAGCUUGGCCUUCAGUCACCUGGGAAGAGGUCGGGAUCAGGAUCGGAGUCCGAGGAGGCUGCUGAGGAGGCCGAGAGGGGCCAGAGCCCUGGGGAACUGCUCCAGCUCCCCAGGAGGGGGUUGAUCUUGGAGGAGGAAUGGUUUGCAGAGGCCACAGAAGAGGGCGAGGAGGAGGAGGACAGGGCCCCCUCCAGGAGGACAGGCCCUUGGAGAACGGGGCAGAAUUCCUGUGUGGAGGCCCCCGAGGAGGGUGAACUGCAGUGCCAAGGAAGCAACCCCGGCUCCAGCAACCCCCAAGGACCACAGAGGAGGAAGGCAAGGGCCACGGAGCUGGAGGGGAUGUGGGACCUGGAGAACCUGCAGAGGCAGUUAGAGCAAAACUUGGACUGUGGCCCCAAAAAGCAUCCCUGGAAGGCUUUGCGAAUUGCGGUCCAGGCCUCCAACAGGAGUGAGAAGGCCCAUGCCCUGGGAGAUGAUGCGACACUCCUGUUUGCCAACUUCCCUAACCGCACCUUCCACAAACGACAGGAGGCCACCAGGAGCCUGCUGCAGACCUGGGAGCGGCAGCAGCAGCAGGAGCAGCAGCGGGCGGAGCAGGCUGCCUAUCUCCAGCGCCAGGAGCGGCAGCGCUUUGCUGAGUACCAGGCCGAGCUGCAGGGCAUCCAGCACCGGGUGCAGGCCCGGCCCUACCUGUUCCAGCAGGCCAUGCAGGCCAACGCCCGGCUCACCGUGACCCGGCGCUUCUCCCAGGUGCUGUCAGCACUGGGACUGGAUGAGGAACAGCUGCUGGCUGAGGCAAGAAAGGGGGACACCAAAGGCACCUCCCGGAAACCCAGGAGCCACAGGUCAGUAGGGGAGAGAAUGGAACACUCUUCUCCGAGCCCCACAAGGACAGAAACCACCGGCAGCCAACCUGAGAGGCACUCCACCCCAAACUCGGACUGGGAAUCCAGUCCCUUAGAUAAAAAUUAA